GGCAACCCUGUGUUAGUCACAACAAAAAAACAGAUAGCAGUGUAGGAAUAAAUUAAAUUACGUUUUAAAAGCUAAGCAAUGGGCGUGUUGGACAAUGUUGCGAACUACUUCACAGGGGAGGCGUCCCGGAACAAGAACUCCUCCAUAAUUGCCGGCCUGCUGUUUUUCGCAGGAUGGUGGGUUCUAAUCGAUGCCAUGUCCAUCGAUGGGAAGCACCAGAUAACCACAGGACACGUCUUCAUCGGGAUCUUCGGGACCAUCAGCUUUUGCAUGGUGAACGCGGUGAAGGGGGAACAUAUCUCGGAGGAGAACUCCUCGGAAUCCGGAGCCAGGAUAGCCAAAAUCUGGCUGCUGGUGGGCUUCGUCAUGGGCUUUGCCUCCAUCAUAGCCGCCGUCUGGGUGAUGAUCGAUGACUUCAUCAACAAUGACAAGAAGGAUGGCUGGUUUGGCGUGGCCCUGCUCAUGCAGAAUGUCUUCAUCCUGUUCGCCAGUCUGAUCUACAAGUUCGGACGCAACGAGGAGGAGUGGAACGAGUAGAGGGCUUCCAUCCGAAAAUUCUGCACACGGGAACGCUGCUUUUAGUAUCUAGACUCAUACGUACAUAUUCAGGAGUCCCCAGGAGUUAAGGCCUCAAACCAUUUUGAAAAGCAUAACUUGUACAUUUGUGUUUCCAAAAAGAUUCCAAAGAAUCGAAGAAGUACGAUACGAAUCCAAAUGGAACGCAGACUAGGGCUAAUAAUCUCAUUUAUACUAAACACAAUAAACGACAAGUCACUUGCGUAAGGUCACCGUU